AUGGCUCGGGAGGAGGGGGAGGCGGCGGGCGACCGCGCGGAGCCCAGCAGUAGAGCCGCCUGUCCCGCGUCGCCGGGCUUCCCCAGAGCCGCCGCCGCUGGUGCUGGUAGGCCCCACGCCCCACCGGCCAGAGAGGAAACUGGGUGUCCUCGCUUCCCGCUGGGCCCGCGUCCCCUGGGCGCGCGGAUUUACGCAGCGCUUCGCGCGCCGCCUUGGAAGCCGCCGCCGCCGCCGCCGCUUCGAGCUGCAGCCUCUGGUGACCAUGGAGCUCCCUCCGCGCCUGAACUGCCGCUGCCUGCUGAGGAACCGGCCUUGGAGGCGCAGGACCAAGCGGGGGCCUUUCAGGAGUAA